AUGAGUAAAGAAAGUGGCAGCAAUAUGAAGGAACUCUAUUCCAUAUUUCAUCAGGAAUACAUUAUUAUGGCUGAAUACCGUAUGCUACAAACUGAAAACUUGGAAGGAAUUUAUGUAAUACCAUCAUAUGAAAAUUCUUUUUUGUGGUAUGGCGUGAUUUUUGUAAGAACAGGAAUAUAUGCUGAAGGAGUGUUUCGUUUUACACUAUCUUUACCAGAAAAAUUCCCAGAUGAUACGGUUCCUAGCAUAACAUUUACAUCACAGUUAUAUCACCCAGCAGUAGAUGCAAUUAGUGGUCAUCUAAAUCUUAAUGAAGUCUUUUCUCAAUGGGAUAAGAAACAAAACCAUAUUUGGCAAAUACUGAAAUAUUUACUUUGGAUAUUUAAUAACAUCAACAUAAAAGCACCAGCAAAUAAUGAAGCAUCAUUAAUGUUCAAAACCAACAAAAAGGCAUUUAUAGAAAAAGUUAAAGAAUGUGUAACACUAAGCCAUGAGCACAUGUAUGAUGCACCUUUAACAGAGGAUAAGCACUACAUCACUUUUCAACCCUAUGAUCCGAAGAUACAUGAUGUUGCUAAAAAUAAAAUGUUAAAACAGAAAGAGAAUGAUGAGAAUUCUCAUGGUAUAUCUUGGGUACAAACUGGAUCUUAUCAAUCAUUUUCAAAAGAAGAUACAUCACAAUAA